ACUGACAAGCAAACAGAAUAUAUACCUAAAAGAUCACCAAAUGUACUGCCGGCAAAAUCCCAAUUUACAAAGGAAAAACUACUACAGAACUUUGAUAGCAGCUCCUCAGAUGAAGAAGAUACUAUUUUAGGUGAAAAACAAAAAGAUCAAAACCUGAGUGAUUCUGAAAGCCUUGAAAACAAUGAUAUUAUGACCGACCAAAAGACUUCUGUCACUCCUUCCUCCGAAUAUAAUGGUAGCGACAAUGAGCAUUCAGCAAGUAUUAGUUUAAGAUCAUCACCCAUUUCUAAACCAAGAUGGAAAUCCUCAAGUAUGAUAUUACCUGCAUAUGUCAACAAUUUGAAACAAAAAGUAGAGAAUAAAAAACUUCAAUUAUCAUCAGAUUCUGACGAUGAGGU